AAGCACAAAAAAUCCGUGAAAAAUGAGUAAAAAUCCACCAAAAAAUCACAAGAAAUCGGUGAAAAAUGACCAAAAAUCAGGGAAAAAUGAGCAAAAAUCCACCAAAAAUUGGGGAAAAAAUUACAAAAAUCAUGAAAAAUCUUUAAAAAGCACUUGGGAACUCCAAAAAAAACACAAAAAGUUUUUAAAAAAUGCACCAAAAAAACACCAAAAAUUGGUGAAGAAUGACCAAAAAACCACCAAAAAUCCACCAAAAAUCUGUGAAAAAACCACCGAAAAUCAGCGGAAAAUUACCAAAAAUCCACCAAAAAGCCACCAAAAAUGGGCAAAAAUCAGCGAAAAAUGAGCAAAAAUCGGUGAAAAAUGACCCAAAAACCACCAAAAAUCAGUGAAAAAUGAGGAAAAAACCACCAAAAAUGGGCAAAAAAUGGCCAAAAAUUGGCGAAAAAAUUACGAAAAAUCACCAAAAAUUGUUAAAAAUCACUGAAAUGCCCCAAUUUUUUAAUUUCAGGAUACCAACCGUGUGACCCGGAAGUGAUCCGCAACCGCGUGGGCCACGUCCAGUCGUGCCUGGACGAACUGACCGCCCUGGCGGUCAAGCGCCGCCGCGACCUGGAGGACUCACGCCGCCUGUGGUCAUUCCUGGAGGAGAUGGACGAAGCCGAGUCCUGGAUCCGCGAGAAGGARCAAAUCCUGGCGGUCAAGCCCUCCGGCCACUCCCUGAGCUCGGUGACCGCGCUGACCGCUAAGCACCGCGCCAUGCUGGCCGAAAUGGGCCAACGCCGCGCCCUCCUCCACCGCAGCGUCCGAGCGGGCGAGGAAAUUGCCGCCGGACGUUCGGCCGGAGCGGCCAAAGCCCGGGAAAAACUCUCCGAGGUGCUGGUCAGUUGGAAAAAACUGGAAGAAGUGACCGGACGUCACCAGAAAGGGCUGGAGGAAGCGGUCAGUUUUUUCCAGUUCGUGGCCGAAGUGGACGAGCUGGCGGCGUGGCUGCAGGACGUUUACCGCGURGUGUCCAGCGACGAUUUCGGCCACGACGAGCACUCGAGCCGGGCGUUGCUGCGGAAGCACCGGACGGUGACGUCCGAGCUGGACAAUCACCGGGAAACAGUGGCCGGACUGAGGGGUCAGCUGGCCAAAUUGGCUCCGGCCGGACGUCGCGAGGGCGUGGAGGCGCAGAUCAGGGUGGUGGAGGUGGAGGAGAUGAUGGCCGAAGUGGCCGAAGUGGCCGUGCUGCGGACGCAGUGGCUGAAGGACGCGCUGGACGUUUACCGGAUGUUCGGAGAGGUGGACGCGUGCGAGGCGUGGAUGGACGAGAAGGAGCAGUGGCUGGAGACGGUCCGAGUGGCCGGAGAGGUGGACGGAGUGGAGGUGGUGCAGCACAGGUGGGUGGGAGUGACCACAGCCAUGAGUGACCACUCAAUGUCCACCCAUGGGUGA